ACCAGUGGUGUGACAACAAACGUGCAGAGGAAAACACAUGCGGCUUCAGCGUAAUUUCAAAGUUAGGUGUUACAUACAGUAGUUGUUUGCAAGCAUUUGGUCUUUGUGAAGGCAUUCAAGCGAAAUGGUUGGAAAGAUAAAGCGUAUCAGACAGAAGCUCCACCAGGACGCUGUCAAAGUUGGCGAGAGUAAUCUGGAGAAAGCCCCUCUGCUCUCCGAGGCCAAGCCUUUUGCCCUGCCUGGCGUCAUCAAGCCCUUCGAUGUGGACAAGAAUGACAAGUCUACAGAUGUAACUUUCAAGGGUUCCUUUCCAGCAGGGAUAUUUGCGGGAACAAAGAUCACGGCUGAGACUCUCGUACAAACUCUGAAAUAUGAUGAGCCGCCAAAGUCCACACCACUCACCACUUCUCAACCAGCAGCAGCAGCAGGCGGAGGCGAAAAGAGGCAGCAGACGAAGAAGGAACGAAUGAAGGAGAGAAGAGAACGCUGGCUCAACAAGAUCAGUGCCAUCAAGACAGCUCGUGAGCAGCACGUGGCCCAGGUGAAGAGGAAGGCCACUCCUGUGGUGGGGGACAUGAAGCCGCUGGUGGACGCCUUGCCAGAACUCAGCCAGCUCACAGCCAGCACCGCAUCCGGCACCGCCAUGGCAACCGCCUCCACCAGCACGCCAAGCAGCAGCCGAGCAGCCAAGAGAGCUAAAGCAGAUAAAGCGGCAACGAAGAAGAGACCGCCUGGCUCCAUCAACCUGAGCAAAAUGAAGCCUGCACAGAAGAGGAAACUAGUGGCGUCGGAGGUGUCGUGGUUCAGUGAGGCGGUGAAGAGUUCGUCUCUGAAGAGCAGCAGCAGCAGCAGCGUUAACCCUUUAGCGGCCAUCACAGAACAACUCAGGAAACGCCUCAAGCAGGAUGAGGAGCAGAGCGGCUAGUCAAUACUGACUAACAUGACGCCUCAUUGGAUAAGAGUUAACCACGCCCCACUUUCACUGGGACAAACGCUUCUUCUGAUUGGAUGAACCCAGCAUUUGUCCCACCCACUUUGAGACUCUUACAAUCUCUCCAACUCACUCACAAACACACACACACACACACAGACAGACACACAUAGGAGAGGGGUAACUAACUUAAUUAUUUAACACAUUCAUUUGGGACAAAGACAAAGCAACUCAAAUGGCCCGAGAAAGACUUUGAAACCCGUCAAAGUAAAGAUGCAGGAGUGGAGUGCUGUGGUCUGAGGGUUGUUCUUGUUGUGACUCUGGGGACUAUACUAGUUAAGAUAAGUUAAGAGGUAAAUCAUCUAAUAGAAGAGCCUGCAGUCCUCAUUUUCUUAAGAAAAGCUCUUGUAUUAGAUGAUUUACCGCUUAACUUAACCUUAACUUAUCCUGAACCAGCUUUAUUGUAUAGUCCCCUGGUCUGCUUGAUGUUGUUCUUGUUGUGCUGCCGGAAUGGCAGAGGAGAACAUGAGGAUGUGUUUGAUGUUCCAGUGUAUCAGAGGAGCGCGCUCAACUUCUGGAGUUAAAUAAAUAACUAUGGAUGCACGAAAAAGCUACAAACUUAAAGAAGAGGGAAACAUCCGCACUAACAAGCUGAGUCUCAUUAUUUAUUUAUCAAUUACCACCAUGUCCACAAGCAGACGCGUUUCGCCUAUUACAACGCACUGGUAUUCGAUAAAUACAGUAAAGCAUGGGACUCGGUGUGGGAGUGCGGAUUUUUCCUCUUCUUUGAUAUGUGUGAUGUCACCUAUCAAUGUGUGUGAUGUCACAUAAGGAUGUGUAGUAUGGUCUGGGGAGGGGGUGAGUGAAUAACCUCUCUAUACUGUACCUCUGGGUCAUACACUCCCCCUCAAGUUAUUGUGUUGCAUCGGUUUUAUUAUUAAAACUCACUUGUUGAGUUGUUAAAGUUGAGCGAUUAAGUGUCCUCAUUGAAGUUAACCUCGUUAACUUUGUUGGUUUCACACCAAGACAGUGACCGUUUACCUGUGUGUUUGGGGUCAUUGUGUUUUGAACCCGCCAUUUCAAAAUUCUUAAUAAGCACACGACUACAUGCUCUCUUCAAGGGUUUUACUGUAAUAUAUGAAGAUGGAUCCAUGAUGCGUUACAUGAACACAACAGACGCAUGAUACAUGGUGGGACUACAGUAAUGAAUUGAAGUAAAUCAUUUAAGAAUGUUUGCGAA